CAAUGUCAAAGUCAAAGCUCAAAAGGACAAGAUCUAAAGCUCUAUACAUUGAUAGUGAAGUGAGCAGUGAUAAGCUGCAAGAUGACAUUACCUGCAAAGGAUGUUUCAAAGAAUUUACACCAAACAGAAUUCCAAAGAUUUUGAAUUGCUUGCACAACCUCUGCUCAGAAUGCAUCAACAUGUCAAUAGAAUUAAAUUCCGACAAGAAUAAAGUCUUAUGCCCCACGUGCAAGAAUCACUCUGUUGGAAAAGAUGCUGAAACAUUUCGAACUCAUUCAUAUGUACACAUGUUAUCAGACAUAGCACAGUGUUAUCGUAACCAGAUGAGUGGAUCUUUGAAAUGUAUUGGAUGUAAUAAUGUAGCUGGUCUACGAUGCCUAACCUGCAAUGAGAAUUACUGUCAAGAACAUACAGAUUUCCAUGUUAGGAGUAGAGCAACAUCACACCACAAGGUGUUGUCAUUUAAGCAGAUUUUGAAUGCUCCAUUGAUCGUGAGCACAAUAAAAAGAGAAGAGCACUGUCCAAAUCACAAAAAAAAAGUUCUGGAAUUUUUCUGUUUUACAUGUAAACUCCCAAUUUGUACUGUUUGCGCUCUUGCAAAUCACAAAGGCUGUAUCUAUGAGGAAUUAUCUAUUGCAGUUUCUGCUCUUAAAGAGAAGUUUGAUAACCUCAAACCGGCAUUCAAUCGAAAAGCUUACAAUUUGAAAAAGAUGACAUCUACAUUGGACACUGGAAUGAAGCAAGUUGAAGGUGAUUUCGGACACAGCAUGGCCAAUGUUAGCGAUGUUACAGAUAAGAUCAUGCGACAAUUGAGACAAAAAGAAUCUGGUAUAAAUCUACAAAUCGAGGAUCAUAGAAAAGAUAGUCAGGGUGAACUGCGCAUACAUCAGUCGCUCGUUGAAGAUAAGAUAGCAAACCUUGAGUCAGGUACCGACUUCGUAGAUACAGUGUUUGAGUAUUGGAGUCCACUUGAAGUCCUCUCUGUUGAAAAUGAUAUAGUUAAACGAUUAACAGAACUAUCUGCUGAACCAGAAGAAUUUGGCUGUGACAGUAUAAAACCAAAAGCCUUUGAUUUACCUCCUGACUUAGAGACCAAUGUUGUUGAUGCUAUAGGUUUCUUGGAGAAUGGUGCAAUGCCUAAAAAGGAAUAAUGACUUUAAAAAGUGUGACUUGAGAUUCUUUUUAAUAUCAUCUGAUCAAUGACCUAAGAAGAUUUUAUCCAGACUUUAUUCAGUACACUCCGUCUUUACAACUUUACUACUCUAAUAUUAACAAUCAGAUGUUGGGAUUCUAAUAUGAGGCAUUGAAAAAGUGUAAACUUGUUUCACGUGAUAUGCCAUGGUAUCUUUUACAGAACUCGCCUAACAGUUGUGAACUUUAAUUUAGUGUAUCUUUACUCUAUAGUCCUUUGCGUGUUUAUAUAACAAAAGUAUCAUCUUGAUCAGAGACUGUACAAUAAUUAUUUACGUGUAGUUUUGUGCUGAAAGUUACCUACUUUGAUUUUUCUUGAUAUAAUCUUUUUUGUUAAUAACCUGUAAAUAACCUGUAAAUAACCUGUAAAAUUGACUCCUCCAUA